GUGCGCGCCGCCAUGUCGGGCGGGUCGCGCGCCUUCCUGCUCGUAGCCGCCCUGCUCACCGCGCUGUACUCAGGAUGGUGUUCGGAAGACGAGGAGCGGCUGGUCCGCGACCUGUUCCGUGGCUACAACAAGCUCAUCCGGCCCGUCCAGAAUAUGACACAGAAGGUCGACGUGCGGUUCGGUCUCGCGUUCGUCCAGCUCAUCAACGUCAACGAAAAGAAUCAGAUUAUGAAAUCGAACGUCUGGCUGCGUUUAGUGUGGAUGGACUACCAGCUGAUGUGGGACGAAGCAGAUUACGGUGGCAUAGGCGUGUUACGACUGCCUCCAGACAAGGUGUGGAAACCCGACAUCGUGUUAUUCAACAACGCUGACGGUAACUAUGAAGUUAGAUACAAGUCUAACGUCUUGAUUUAUCCGAAUGGUGAAGUACUUUGGGUCCCUCCAGCCAUAUACCAGAGUUCAUGUACCAUUGACGUAACGUACUUCCCGUUCGAUCAACAAACCUGCAUUAUGAAAUUCGGCUCAUGGACAUUCAACGGCGAUCAAGUAUCGCUCGCGUUAUACAACAACAAAAACUUCGUCGAUCUAUCAGAUUAUUGGAAGUCAGGAACAUGGGACAUCAUCGAGGUACCGGCAUACUUGAACAUCUACGAAGGAAACCACCCGACGGAAACGGACAUCACGUUUUACAUAAUCAUAAGGAGGAAGACAUUGUUUUACACUGUCAAUUUAAUCCUGCCAACUGUCCUGAUUUCAUUCCUUUGCGUAUUGGUAUUCUACUUGCCUGCUGAAGCUGGAGAAAAGGUCACCUUGGGUAUCAGUAUUUUGCUGUCACUGGUUGUGUUCCUGCUGCUGGUGUCAAAGAUUCUACCGCCGACCUCACUCGUGUUGCCACUCAUCGCCAAGUAUCUGCUGUUUACAUUCAUCAUGAACACCGUCAGUAUUCUCGUGACGGUCAUCAUCAUCAAUUGGAACUUCAGAGGUCCUAGAACUCACAGAAUGCCUUUGUGGAUCCGAAGCGUCUUCCUUCACUACUUGCCGGCAGCCCUCCUUAUGCGCCGCCCACGUAAAACUCGUUUACGAUGGAUGAUGGAGAUGCCUGGGAUGGGCGCCCCGCCACACGCAGCAGCUCCUCACGACUUGCCUAAGCACAUCAGUGCUAUUGGUGACAAACAAAGCAAAAUGGAGGCUAUGGAGUUGUCGGACUUACAUCAUCCUAACUGCAAGAUAAACCGGGCAGCCGGAGGCGGCGGUGAGGUUGGAGCCCUGGGUGGCCUGGGAGCUCUAGGCGGGCUCGGCCUCGGAGGCGAGCGGCGCGAGUCUGAAAGUUCAGACUCCUUGCUUUUGUCUCCCGAGGCUGCGAAAGCCACGGAAGCGGUUGAAUUCAUCGCUGAACAUCUCCGAAAUGAAGAUCUUUACAUCCAGACUCGCGAGGACUGGAAGUACGUAGCGAUGGUUAUCGACAGACUUCAGUUGUACAUUUUCUUCAUCGUGACCACUGCUGGCACAGUUGGUAUCUUGAUGGACGCGCCGCACAUUUUCGAAUACGUCGAUCAAGAUCGCAUCAUAGAAAUAUAUCGAGGAAAAUAAAUAACUUUUUACUGUAUUUCUAGAGUGCAUUGAGCUCUACGUGGAACAUUGAGGCUUCCAUCGAAGAUAGCUUCCAUUACAAAAUUAUUUUCUUCCUAUUAGUUAAUAGCAAAAUUUAUAUAGCACAAGACUAAGUGUCGUUUAUAUUAUUUAAGCCAGCAAUUAAAUCGCAUACUUAAUUGCAUAAUAUAAAUUGCAAAUCACUAUAGAAAUAAGAGUAGCGUAAUCUAAACAAUAAUUUUUAUAGAAUUUAAAAUGGCUGUGUUCGAAGUUUAUAAAAGCACAAUAGGUACGAUUAACAAUUUGAUGUAAGUUUGUAUUUUUAUCAGCUACUGUAAUCACGAUAAGUAAUAAGUAGACGAUAAUGUAAAUAAUCAUAAUAAGAAAUUUUAUUAAGAUUGGUAAAUUGCCUGGCCCCAGUAUUACUUUACUAAGGGAAAUAAAAUAAUUCAAGUGUGUGAAAAGUCCCAAUAAUUCCCAGAG